CUACGCGUGGACCCGUCAAAUCCUGUCCUGCACAUGCAAGGCGGGCAGGCAAGUACCUUGACCCAUCCCGGUCAGGUGUAGGUAUUUCUUCCCCGGCUGCCGCCCAUCUGUCUACCUUGCUUGUUGUCGAGCCGUCAACGGCGAACUUUCAUGCAUGGUACCAUCCUAGCACCUACUACGUAAGCCCGUCUAAGCCUUAGCCACAGAGUCACGCAGACUCUCCGCGAAGCCGAGCUGGCGAGCACUGCCACAGAGGACGACGUCGUCAAGUCACUCAGUCAGUGGGCAAAACCGAGCGUCCACAAGUCAGGUCCGCGACCAAGUCUACCUCAGCAGCGCUCCCCCCUCCGGAGCCCAAUACAUACCUACAAUUUACCACUUCUCUUCACCUCCAGACCUGCUCCGCGAAUCUAUAGUGUAUGCGCACAAGACCAAUAGCACAACCCGCCGAAGCUGGAAUUGAUACCUUCCACCACCCUCUUAUCACCAAUCAGAUCGCUUUGAAUCCCCAGAGCGAUGAGCUUCCGAGGCUUCCAGAAGAGUGUCGUCCGGGCGCCGCAACAAUUCAAGGCCAAAUUCAACAUCGGAGAGAACACAAAAGAUCCCGUAUUCAUCGAUGCCGAGCGACGCUUUCAGGAGCUCGAGGCCGAGACCAAGCACCUUCACGAUGAAAGCAAGAAGUAUUUCGACGCCAUCAACGGCAUGCUCAACCACCAGAUCGAGUUCAGCAAAGCGAUGACCGAGAUCUACAAGCCCAUAUCCGGUCGCAUGUCCGAUCCAGACUCGCUGGUGGUGGAAGGCAACCCUGAUGGCAUCAACGCCUGCGAGGAAUACGAGGCCGUCGUUAAGGACCUACAGGAAUCCCUCAAACCGGAGCUCGAGAUGAUCGAUUCCCGAGUCAUCCGGCCGGCAAAUGAACUAUUGGACGUACUCAAGGUCAUCAGGAAGACUGCGACAAAGCGCGAGCACAAGAAACUCGACUAUGACCGACAUAAUACGACGCUCAAGAAAAUACAGGACAAAAAGGAGAAGAGCGCUAAAGACGAGAAAGCUCUAUGGAAGGCAGAGAGCGACGUGGAGCAAGCUACGCAGGAGUUCAAUUACUUCAACGAUCUGCUGAAGGAUGAAUUGCCCAAGCUGUUCGUGCUCGAGCGCCAGUUCAUCCAGCCGCUGUUCCAGUCCUUCUACUACAUGCAAUUAAACAUUUUCUACACGCUGCACGAGAGGAUGCAACAUUGCGAUAUCGGAUACUUCGACUUAACGCUCGACGUGGAAGAGGCAUUUAUAAAGAAGCGAGCAGAUGUCCAAGAGCGAACCGAGAAGCUCGGCAUCGUCAAGUUUAAGACCAGCGGCCAGAAAAAACCGCCCAAGUACGGAAACAAGCCUGCAGCCAUCGAAGCCGGGCCCCAACCUGCUGGUUUGCUCACUGCUGGCCCAUCCCCAUCCUCGCCAAGUCUGGCUUCGGCAAAGUACGGUCAGCCGUCGCCAUCGGACGUCGUCGAGGCUCCACCUCCACCGUAUUCCGCCUCGGCAACCUCUCUGAAAUCGCCGGCGUCGCCGCCGCUGACUGGCCCUAAGUCCCCGGGAUUGGCGGCGCUUGCUGCAGCAAAGCCAAAGCCCCCUCCGCCGAAACCAAAGCCGACCCGACUUAGCGGGGCGACGACGGUAGAGACAGCUACUGCGCUAUACGAUUACUCGGCCCAAGCCGAGGGCGACAUCAGUUUCAGGGCGGGAGACGUAAUAGAAAUUGUCAGCAGGACCCAGAAUGAGAACGAAUGGUGGGUCGGCAAGUGUCAUGGAAAACAGGGCCAGUUCCCUGGCAACUAUGUGAAAAUAGGGUAAGCCCAGGACUCGGGAUCGCCCAGCUGGCACCAAUAAUCGAACUACGAUAAAAAUCAUUUCUCGGGAGGGAUCCUAGUAGGGGUUAAAGGCGAAAGGGAUCAUGAUAGAGGUCGGUUGCAUUAAACUCGGUCAUCAGGCGUGAAUACCCCCAAAACUUCAGUGUGGUUGUUUUUUGAUGAUCCUGGUUGGCAAGGGUGGGACGGUCUAUGGAAGCCUACUCCCCUUAUCUUC